AUGGCUGCAGAGGGCGACAGUACAGCAGAGGCUGUACGAACGUGUCAUCCAUUCCGUCUUCAGAAACAAGACAACGGGGCGGCCAGCGACCAGCACCUCCACCAUGACAGCCGAUGGGGAGGGGGCAGAAGGCGAGGUUUCUGCAGGUGGUUCAACGUGGCAAGAGGAUGGGGGUUCAUCACACCUGAUAAUGGCGGUCAAGACGUCUUUGUCCACCAUUCAGUUAUUCACAAGGCAGGCUUCCGCAGCCUAGGCAAAGGUGAAUUGGUGGAAUUUGAACCCAGACUGUCAUACAAGGGUGUUGAAGCCACGUUCGUCUGUGGUAUCGGAGGAGUGAAAUGCCGAGGCAGUGAUCGCCGGCCGAUGUCAAAGGAAAAGUUUCAAAACAAGCCUGUGGUGCAACUGCAACAGCGGCAACCACAACGACGGCAGAGCCAACCAGAAGUGACAGUAGCUGUGGUUCCCGAAGUGACAGUACCUGUGGUUCCCGAAGUGACAGUGCCUGUGGUUCCAGAAAUGACAGUGCCUGUGGUUCCAGAAAUGAAAGUGUGUGUGAUGCCAGAUAUGACGGUGCCUGUGGUGCCCGAUAUGACAGUAACUGUGAUGCCAGAAGUGACAGUGCCGGCAGAGCACAGCAAAUUGCAGCGGCUUGCUGUGAGACAGGCAUAAACUCAGAUGCGUAGAAAACUGGUGUGUGUGACACUAUUCACUGACACUGUAGAUAUCAGGUAGAUGUGAUGUA